UUUUUCAUUAAUAAAACCAAUAAAGUUAUAUAUUAUUGAAUAAAUAACUAGUAAAUCCAGUUAUAUUAAUCACAUUGUACUAAAAACACUCCCAGCUCGAAAUAUAUUUAAUAUAACCUCUGUCUCUUGUUAUUUAAAAGUAAUAAAAUUAGCCUACUUUGCAAAUUUUAAAAUAUAUAAUAUACCUAUAUAAAUUGUAAGAUAAACUGUACAGCAAAUUCUAGAGAAUGUCAAUUGGUUGUUAGUAAAUAAAAGUACCAAUAGUGAAAAUGAAAAGGAAGUAUAUAAACUUUUUACUAAUAUUUAUUGCAACUCUAGUCACAUGGAUAUGGUGGAGUUCUAAUAACGAAGUCAACAACACAAUACUAUUUUUAAAACAAAAUAAUUAUUACAUUAAAGACACACUAAUUUCACCAUCAUCUGAGGCUUGCAUAGAAAAACAGUUUCUUGUAAUAAUAGUAACAUCAUAUGUUGGUCAUGUGGAAUUAAGAAGCAUACACAGAAGAGCAAUGCCAUCAAGUCUUCUGAAGUCAAUGAAUAUAACUAGAAUAUUCUUAUUAGCCAAAAUACCUCCAAAUGAAAGAUAUAUAACUCAAGAGGCCAUUAAAGACGAAAGUAGAAUAUUUGAUGACAUUCUACAGGGGUCAUUCCAAGAAAAUUAUAGGAACUUGACAUAUAAACAUCUCAUGGGAUUGCAAUGGGCAUCAACUGUUUGCAUACCAUCAUACAUACUUAAAGUGGAUGAUGACAUAGUAUACAACUUGGAGAGUACCCACAAAUUACUACUAGAGAUAAAUAAAUCAAAUGACAACCUACUCAUGGGUUACAUGUUGAAUAAUACAAAGCCUAGGAGAAAUAAACAAAAUAAAUGGUAUGUUACUUGGGAGGAAUAUCCUAGAAAUGAAUAUCCACCAUAUUUAUCUGGUUGGUAUUACAUCACAACAUCUAAAAUAGCAGCAAGAAUAUGUGAAGAGGCCAUUUACCAUCCAUAUUUCUGGAUAGAUGAUAUAUUUGUCACUGGGAUAGUACCAGAAGUCCUUGAUAUUAAACUCAAACAAUUGCCAAAAGACUAUUGGCUAGAAUAUUAUGAAUUACUUGAAUGCUGUUUAACAGAUAUGGUAAUGAAAUCAAUUCAAUGCCAUUAUGUAGUAGGUCCAAACGGUGGCAGGGAUAGUUUAUUGUUAGAGUUCAAUGAAGCCCUAAGAAAUUGUGAUAAUUGGAAGAACUGUACACAAAGGACUUCUGAAAAGUCUUUAAAGGAUGUUUGUGUAGUGAAUAAGGAACGUAAUAUCUUUAGUAAAGGGAAUGCUGAGGUUCAUUUUGUUAGCUUGUAAAUUCUACUAUAAGUUUCUGACAUGACUGACUAACAGGCAGCUAAAACUGUUAGCCUAAAAGGUUAAACCUGUAUGAGACUGAUGAGUAUUGACAUGAAAUUUUGUACAGAAUUUCCUU